UGCGUGUGUGUGACUCAGUCGGACGACCUUUGCAAUUCGAAUUUUCAUAGUUGCCGCGCUUUAGGCGCCGCGUCCGUUCGUCUCCCUCAGAAGGUCAUCAUCAGCUCACAUCUCAUCCACCUCAUGCAACGCUACUCGUCAAAGGUUUUCGGUAACAAGACCAAUUUGGUUGUCGAACAGAACGAACAAGAAGGUGGCUUUUCAGCGGCCAGCCUCUCCUUGCGAGCUCAGAAGAAAAUCGCCAGCAAGCUGAGCACAAGAAAAGUGACGAAACUAUUCAUCAGCGAAUCAGUUGAUCGAGUAUAUCGACAAUCUAUACAAUGCACUGCGAACCUACUACUCGAAGAAGGACUCUGA